GCCUAAACUACAGGUAGCACCGUCGCAGACUCGGAGACUUCAGCAGCACUCCCGUUUUUAAGGUUUUACGGCCGGAAACGCCUGGGUUAAGAAGACGGACGACCAGUUCUCGCCGACUCUCCCUUCUCGGAAGUCGUAAAUCGGCCCUACGCCCCGACCGUCCUACGACCAGUUCUAGCUCCGGACACUAUCUCGUCGGCUCGCCCUACUCAGGCUUCAGGUGCUCGCGAAUCCGUACUCCUCCUGUCCUCGGUCCUACGACCUCCCACACUCCGGCCUCUUAAACGGGCCGGCCCAGGGGAGGGAGAUCCAGUGCCACUGCACAGGGCCUCUAAAUUAUGAGGGCCCCCCCAAAAAAUAGUAUUAGUAUUAGGUAAUCCAGCAGCCCAAGUCCAAAAUAAACCCAAAAGCCCACAACCUCCUGAAUCCUGAGAUAAGUCGGACAACAAAAAGGGGGCGCAACAAAAUUCGCAGGUUGCGUCGAGCACUCGAGCCGUUCAUUCAUCGCUCAUCGGCCAUCGCAAUUCGCAGCAGGCCAGCAGUCCAGGUCUCCGGGCGACGGGCCGACGGCCGUCCAGCAGUCCAGGUCUCCGGGCGACGGGCCGACGGCCGUCCAGCAGUCCAGGCGUCCAGCUGCAGAACAACACCUCCGCAGGCGUCCAGUCCAGUCCCUUCAGGCCUUCACUCCCUUCAGACUUCAGUCCACUCCUUUGGCCUUUGCAGUUUGCAGGGUCCCCAUUUUCUCAGGACUAGCCCCGCCACAAACCUUCGAGAUCAUUAGGUUAGGUGUAGAAUGAAGUUAAUAUCAGGGAGAGUAACUUCGUCAACGGUGGUUUCCCUCUCGGACGCGGCUGCUAUCAUGUCGGGCUUUGCUGCCUCGGAAACUGGAGCUUCCGAUGCCAUAUCAGUAUAUGUUAGACGCGCCGCUGAUGCAUUCAAUCAGCUGGCUAUGUUUCACAAUCUCUAUAGUUUGGGGCCGGUUGGAAAGGAGCAUCCUCGUGAUGAGUACCAGCUGAAAAGUUUGAGGAGUGAGGCAGAAGAAGCAGUGAAGUCUGAGGAAUGUCCAGAAAUGAAUCAUCAUAAACGUAAGAAGAAGAAGCCAGGGAACCGCGAUUCAGAUGUCAAAAGCAAUGAUUUGGUUAAAACAGACCUUGACUCUGCUGCCGCUGCCACAAUAGAAGAUGUCCGUGAUAAGAUGAGUCAUAGUGCUGAGAAGGUGAAGGCUGAGGAAAAGGUAAAGGAGGUCGAGAAUGUGAAGACUGAAAGCAACUCAGUUGAGGGGGAUAGUAGAAAGAAGGGCAAGAAAAGGAAAAAAGAGGUGGGGGAGACAUUGGUGGUUGAGACCAAGAAGAGGAAGGUUGAAGAAAUUGAUGGAGGUGUAGAGAACAGUAAGAGGAGCAAAAUGCAGAAGAGAGUAGAAGGGAAAUAAUUUGGAAUGGGAAGGCCAGAGCUAUUGGUAGUUAAUCUGCCAAAAUGAACUUAUAGUUAGUUACUUGCUGUUUGAUUUAGAAUGAUGAUCCUUUUCUCACAACUAGUCAGUUAGCUGUCUCUCAAAGCAAGCAGCUGAAUAUUUCACAUUUGCCAAAGAUCGGAAGUUAGUAUGGAUGGAUAGAGCUGUGCCAGUGCGUUUAUGUACUUGUGAUGCGGUGUGGUGUUUACCAAGUGCUGCGGUGUGAUCUUCUUCUUUUUUAUUACAUGAUGAUAGUGGAAACCUAACUUCAGUAUAAACAUUCACUAUCUUGAAUUAAAUUUUGAAACCAAUGCUGCAGGCAGCUUUUGUAUGCUGUAAUGCUGUAUGCUUGCUGCAUGCUGCUAGCGCCGCUCUGAUGAAAUCGUCCAUGUAGGGAGUGACAAUUGCGCUGGAUAUCUCAUUUACCUUCCCCUUAUACAGUUAAACCCUUAGUUCUAUCAAAUACUUUGAAUUCAAUAAUUCUAUUAUUUUAUUACAUCUUGUGUUUUUUUACGCUACUUGUUGGUUGGUCUUAACUCUUAAGAGCAUCC